UGUCAACAGCCAUGAUAUGGUUGAUGAUGUCAGUGAUUAUGAACAACGACAACAAUCUUUAACUAAGAAACGUCAAUUAAAUAGUCGAACACGAUCAGCUGAAGCUCGAAAACGACGAAAUCGAAAAAGAAAUCUUUAUUUCCGAAUACAACGUUAUAGAUAUUUUAUCACUCGUCCAUUCUACUACAGAUUUACAAUGAAAUUAGUUCGACAUAUUCUUACUGAAUACAGUAUUUAUUAUACUCAUGUCAAACCGGUUGAUGAUUUAUUACUUAUUGGUGUAAAAGACAAAAUAAUUGAAUCACGAAAUGAUCGAAGAUUACCCGGUGAUAUAUUUGAUCGACGUCAUUAUUAUUUGUUUCGUCGUCGAGCUCAAUAUUUAUCAAGAAGAUCAAAUGAUAUACAAGAGUAA